AUGUACGAAUUAUACGCUCGUCGGCCGGCGAGUUUCGACGACUGUACCGACAUCACCGCCCUCUGUCCCGUCAGCGCAACUGUCCUUGGUUAUGUUCCCAACAAAGGAUCCAGCUACUUCUUUACGAUCGGUUUUGCGAUUCUGUUCCUAUCCUCUGUAGGAUUAGGUGUUUGGAAGAAGACAUGGACAUAUGCUGCGACUCUGGGAGCUGGUUUACUGCUAGAGACGAUUGGAUAUAUCGGCCGUAUUCAGAUGGACCCUAACCCUUGGAACUCAUCAGCCUUCCAGACCCAAAUCUGCUGCAUCAUCAUCGCCCCGACCUUCAUCUGCGCUGCCAUCUACCUUACCCUCAAGCACGUCGCCCUCGCUCUCAACCCAGAUCUCUCACGAAUUCACCCUCGAUGGUAUCCUCGCAUCUUCCUCCCCGCCGAUCUCUCAUGUCUCAUCAUCCAAGCCAUCGGUGGUGGUGUCGCAGCAGCAGCAAAGCGUAACCAGCCUGGCCUCGCAAGGAACGGUAACAGGACCAUCAUCGCCGGUGUCGUCCUCCAGGUCAUCGUGCUUCUCGCCUUUGGAGCCAUGGGCACUGAUUACUACCUGCGCGUGAAGAAGUACCUUCAUAGUUCAGAGGCUGCCCCUGAGUCGCUCCGUGUUUGGCAGGACAAGAAGUUCCGCAUGUUUGGCUUUGCUGUUUCGGGCGCCUAUUUUGCCAUUCUCACACGUUGCAUUUACCGGUUAGUGCAGAAUCCUCAUUUAUCCUAUCUUCUUACAUCAGCUGACGCGAGAGAUCAUAGAAUUGCCGAAAUGGCCGGUGGUUGGGGUAACCACAUUAUGCAGGAUGAGCCUAGCUUCCUCGUCCUCGAUAGCUCCCUUGUUCUCGUCACUGGCUUCCUAUUGACGGCCUUCCAUCCUGGGAUUUUCUUCCCUCAGAUGGCUGUCACUAUGCAACGCACCAAGAAGACCGAGGCCGAGACACCCGCCGAAUCUUCCAGCGAGGAACGAAAAGUUGAAAACUCUCAGACUGCUUAG